AAGUAAAAGCAGCUGGACACAAUUCCUACUGCGAGUUCAAAGUGUUUCAUUUUCGAGGUCAAUCCCCUGCAGGACCCUACCAAAUGUUAUCGAUAUUCUCCGCACGUAUUCAGUAGGGUAUGAUACUUAAUACCUCCGGUUGUUGAGUACGUCUUUCUACAGCUACUGCCCCGUGAAGCCGUGGCACGAUUCUAUUUCAAACAGGAACUCGCAAACACUGUAGCUGUUUUCUUGAUUCGAAGCUUGACGCCGUCGAAAUUGCCGUUUAAACAAUGAAGAAGGCUUUGCUUCUGAUCGUGUUAUUGAUCGUGGUAAUCGCUGUUAGCGCCAGACUACCACGGACACCUGGUAAGCACGGACCAAAGAAACCAAACGGGUGCCAGUUACAGAACUGCAAGAUAUGUCAUUCCAAGCCGUUUUCAUGUGACCAGUGUGACCAUGGUUUUCUCAGAGAAAAGGUUCCCCUUGGGUACGCUUGCCGAGAGUCAUGUUCCCCUGGUCUUCACAGCGUCCAAGGAACAUGCGUUGAGAAGCAAGACUGUCCCCAGAAUUGCAAGACGUGUCAGAACAGGCUUUCUUGCUCCGUAUGUGAAUAUGGACACGUGCUUUACAAAGGCUACUUGGGAUUGGGUAUGGGUCGCUGCAUUAAGAAAUGUCCCAAUGGAUUCAAAUCAAAGGUGAAUCCCAUGGGUGGAAACAAGUGCGUCAAGUCUUGUACUGCAAAUUGCGAGAAAUGCCAAGGUAGGUUCUGCUCUGUGUGUGAGCAUGGACAUGCGCUUUUCAAGGGGCUCCAUCAACGAGGUAGAAGUGUCUGCGUUAAGAAAUGUCCCACUGGAUACAAAGCAAAGGUGAAUCCUGCGGGUGGAAACGAGUGCGUCAGGCAUUGUACGGCAAAUUGCAAAACGUGUCAAGGUAGUUUUUGCUCUGUAUGUGAGCAAGGACAUGCGCUUUUCAAAGGCUUUCGGGGACUCGGUAAAGGUCGCUGCCUUCGUAAAUGUCCAAAAGGUUAUAAAACAGGGGUGAACCCCAGCGGUGGAAACAAAUGUGUCAGAUCCUGCGUGGUGGCAAAAUGCGAGUCUUGUCCUAGAGCUUGGACCAAUCAACCGAAUAAGUGUGCCCGAUGUGAGUCUGGCUUUUACAGGCUUUCUGUAGGGAUGUCAUGGGAGCAACACGACUUCUGCUUCUCUCACUGUCCGGCCGGAUAUGGUCCAAAGAAUGUGAAAGGCGUAGCCCAAUGCCAAAAAGGUAAGACAAAGUCAUAACAUUGUACCUUGGCCAAUA